AUGAGUGCGGGUAUCGGAGAAUCACGUACAGAGUUGCUUACAUGGCUGAAUGGGCUACUUAACUUGAAUUACAAAAAAAUCGAGGAAUGUGGGACGGGUGCAGCAUAUUGCCAAAUCAUGGAUUCAAUUUAUGGAGACUUGCCAAUGAACAGAGUAAAGUUCAAUGCCACGGCAGAAUAUGAGUUCCAAACAAAUUAUAAAAUCUUACAGAGUUGUUUCAGUAGACACGGCAUUGAAAAAACAGUGUACGUUGAUAAGUUAAUCAGAUGUAAAUUUCAAGAUAAUCUAGAGUUUUUGCAAUGGUUGAAAAAACACUGGAUUCGACAUAAAGACGAAAGCGUAUAUGAUCCAGAUGCAAGACGCAAGUAUCGUCCCAUUAUGGCGAAUAAUAGCGCAAUAAAAACUCGCACAGUAUCCAACCCUACCAGUACAAAAAGGUCAUCGAGCACAGGGGCAGGAAGCACCAUACCAGGAGGUUUACCGACGAGACAUUCCUCGUUAGGAAUGAACACUAGUAGAAAAACCAGUGUAACACAAGGUCAGUUGGUGGCGAUACAAGCGGAGUUGUCCAAAUCUCAGGAAACAAUUGGUUCGUUAAAUGAAGAGAUAGAACAGUACAAAGGAACAGUAAGCACUCUAGAGAUUGAAAGAGAAUUUUACUUCAAUAAACUGCGUGAUAUAGAGAUCCUAGUCCACACUACGCAAGAUCUAAUAAAUGAAGGUGUUUAUAAAUUCAAUGAUGAAACCACUGCGGGCCACGGGAACGGCAAUGGGGGUGCAUUAUUACGGUUUGUUAAGAAAGUGGAAAGCAUUUUGUAUGCUACUGCGGAGGGAUUUGAAAUGAAUGAUGGUGAGGAUGCAUUAGAUGAUAAAAAUGCGGGCGAAAAUGGAACUGUACCGAAUGAGGGCGGCUAUGUGAAUAUAAAUGACGAUGAUAAUGGCAACGAAAGUAAUAACCGAGAUGUGAUAAUGCAGAAUGAUGGAAGUGAGACUGGCGUGAACAACAAUUUAAUUAUCGACGAGGAAACGUUUUGA